GAGUCCAGCUUGACCUGGUCGUGCUACUCCCGCUGCUGCCUACUGUGGUUACAACCUCGCAUCCAUUGAAUUGAAAACAUCUUUGUCAUGCAAACAUAGCUCUUCCUCAGCUGCGUCGAAUCGAUGUUAGUCGCCUUGAACCCCGAUCGCCGCGCAUAGCUACAGGACCGCGAUCUGGACGACAGUUCCUGCGAAUUCCUCGUUAUUCGUCAAUUUAGGUCCGGAAUUCUCAGGAUCGAGCGAUUGUGAUGUAUCCGCACGUCGACCAGGGGACUCAGCCUAAGCCGGACGACCGACCGACCCUCGCGCUCCCUCCGCCGAAUGCGGCGACAAUCCCCAGCCUCAACUUCACCCCUUCAUUCGCGUCGCCCUCGUGGGGCCCCGGCCCCUCGUCCCUCGUCUUCGCGUCGCUCUCCGGCUCCGGCGCUGGCGCAUUCACCGCCCCUGGCGGCGAGAUGGCUCUCGGCGGCGCACUCCGAAAAUCCUCCUCAAAUCCCAGCGCUUCCACCGCAAUGCACGUGCCUGCCACGUGGGCCUCCGCGCUGACACGCGCCGGAAGCUCCACAAUGGACGUGCUGAGCGGCUCGCCGAGGGAAAGCCUGCCGUAUGCUGCGGCGACACAUAGCGAUCGCUUCAGCCACAUUCAUUACAAUCACAUCGGCGGGAACGAGCGGCCAGACGGGAGCAAUGCGGGGUCGUCGGCGCAAGGGCAAUUGGUGUCUACGUCGCAGCUGUUCGCCCAUAGCCCGACCGCAGACCCGCGAACAUGGCAGGAACGGCCCGCGAGUAACCACAGCAGAAGCCAGGAUCUGAGCCAACAACCUCUCCUAUCGAAGCAAUUAUUAUCGAGGACACUGCUCCCGGCGGGCGUCUCGCGGUUCGACUCCGACCACAGCGACGCGGCUCUGCCUCAGGCGGCGGUCUUCGUCAAGCCCGCGCCGCUGUCGGCGGGGCAGAAUUAUCCGCCGUCUGGCGUCGCUCCGCCGACGAUCGCCGCUGGCGCCUCCGCGGAGGGCGACGCCGCGCUGCGCGGCGGUCAAUGCGGCGAGCUUGAGACCGGAGACGGCGGGGGAAGCGGUGGUCCGCACAACACGCCGACGCGGGGAGCGCCGAAGAAGCGCAAGCCCGUGGCGCACGCGGGGAGCCGGUCGGUGGUGGCGGCGGACGGGUACUUCUGGCACAAGUACGGCCAGAAGAGCGUCAUGGACAAAGCCAUCACCAGGGCGUACUUCCGGUGUGCGCGGCACAGCAUGGGGUGCACGGCGCGCAAGACAGUGGAUCUCCCCAUCGCCACACCCCCACCCGCUACAGCCGGCGCCAACACGGCCAACGCUUCUGGUGCUGCGCCCUCCAGCGCGUUGGCACAGGCGCAGGCGCAGGUGUCGUACCACGGCGAGCACAACCACGGCCAGCCCGGGCCCUGCACGAUCAGCCUGCCCAACUGCGCUGCCGCCGCCUUCGCUGCUGCUGCUGCUGCUGCAGAGGCAGACACGGAGGUCGCUGCGUCUGCUUCCCCCGGCGCUGAGAGGGGCGGUGGCGCUGCUGGGGCUCGCCUGGGACGGCGCACGGAUCACGAGAGACGAGCGGCCAUGGCGGACUCAGCAGACGUGGCUGCUGCCAGCGGCACGGGUGCUGCUGAUGCUGCUGAUGCAGCUUCCGCCGUGGCGCCGCUUGCUCUGACCCACCGCCUGAGCCUCAACUCCACAGUGUCCCUGGACCAAGUGCCGCUCUCCGCUGCCUCUGCUGCUGCUCCUGGCCCCGACCUCAUGCUCGCGCUUUCCACCGCCGGCACCACGCUCGCACCACCUGCAGCCACGCUCGCAAACCCCCAGAGGCCCAGCACUGCGGACGCAGCAGCGGCGGCGGCGGAGGCAGCGGGGGACUCGGGGAGCUGCACGGACGAGCCGAUGGUGGAGCAGUCGAAGCAUAGCCCCGCGGCCACGAGGGGUUCCAUGGAGGUGGGGUCAGCGCGCGUGGAUGGGCACCUGCCGUGCGCCGUCAAGCGCUCCAGGUCGCACUCGGUGGAGGCAGAGCCAGUGGGGGGAGGCGAUGAGGCAGAGAGAGGCGGCAGCGGGGCGGAGCCUGGUAGAGAAGAGAGACGCACGGCCUCUGCCCUGCUCCCUCAAGCUGCUGCUGCUGCUGGGAAUCAUCCUUCCAUAUCGGCUGCUUUCGCUGCUGCCGCUGCCAGUGCCGCUGCUUCUGCUCCAGCCUUUGCUCUCCCGUCCACGGGCCCUGUCAACCUGUGGGCCAUGAUGCCGCCUCCUGCCACCAAUCCUGCUGUCCCCAUCCUCCCCAGCAGCAGCAGCAGUAAUUUCCAUGGUCUAGCUCCGCUCCUCCCCAUGCACAUGCACACCCCCCCAUCGGGCGCCACCCAUCUCGCCCCCAUGGCUCACGCUUGGAACCAGCACUCCCUCCCCUCCCACCCCCAUUCGGCUGCUGCUUCUCCAUCCCCUCUUGCCCACCAUUUGCCAGCUGGCCUGGUAUGCGCGCCUUCCAUGCACCCACCAGCACCGCUCCCAAACCCGUUGCACCACAGCCAUGCACUGGCUGCUGGAGGGAAUCCGUUCGCCCAUCCCAUGGCACAGCCCCUGGUGGGACACAUGCCGGCACAGGCACAGGCACAGCUGCAGGCACAACUGCAGGCACAGGGCUUAUUGCAGGCUCAGGUGCACACACUAGCAGUCCACAAGCCCCCAUCCCAGCAACCAGGUAUCAGUGCGCCUAGCCCCAUUUCACUUCCCCCUUAUACACAAUCUGCCAUUCUCCCCCCGCUCUCUGUCUCUGGGUCGUAUGCCCACCAGCCACCAGCUGCGCCUGCCACGAGAGCAGGACAGCAGGGAGGGGGUGAUGCUGAUGAGUCAGCACGCCACGUGACAUCUUCUGGCAGGAAUUGGAACAGUAUCAUGGAGGGAAGCUCCCAAGGGGCCAAGAGGAUAUGUGUGGAGUGGAGCCAGAUAAGAACUGAGGCUCUAAAUGGAUCAGCCAAGGGGCCUGCUCGUGCAGCUGAUGCGGAUGCUACCAACUUCGCUGCCUUAGAAGGGGCUUCACACGUGGGGGCUGCUUCCAAAGGGAAAGACAUCAGUGUGGCUCAUGAGACCAAGACAGUUAAACUAGAUCUAGAGCUAAAGUUAUAGAGUUUGAGAGAGUGGUGUUCGGUACCAGCAUACGGUAGGAAAACGGGUUUCUAAACACCGUGAUUGACAAGAUUUACCAAGUCCAGUACCAGGUGUCGAAACAUAUAUAUACUGUCUAAGAGGCUAGAUACGUGCGUACUCCUAGCGAGUACAACCCCUUAGCACAAAAGCACCUUGUAUCUCUCAUUCUA